AUGGCCGACACCCACAUUCACAGUCUCCCUCUAGAGAUAAAGGCGUUCGAUGGGCAGUCGAGCCACCAGGCUAACUACAUCGGUUCCACCACGAUGGAAGAAGACGACGACGACGAACCGAUGAUGGAGGACGAUUGUGAGAGGAGGAGGAGGAGCCCAUCAACCGCUGAGAGCGAUGGGAAAGCCGACGAUGAUGAGGAGGACGAUGAGGACUGGGAGACCAGUAGUCUGGCCGAGUACACUACAGAGGAAUUAUCAUAUAUACGGGAUCUCAUGGCCAUGCCACGGGGGGCCCUGUCCGAGCUCUAG